UUGCACAAAGCCGAAAGACUCGGCAAUUUCUGGAUUUGUCAGAGGCAAGUCUCAACUUGGAACAACUGAAAGUAAACAGUAGUCAAAGAAAAGAAAUUACUGGUUGUAACUAGGGAUUUGACUUUUGAUUAUUUUCAGAGUGAUACUUACUACAAUCGACGUGAUCAAGAGGUACGAAAACGCUGUUUGAUCAUUACGUGGGCUUUACUGGAUAUGUACAAAGAGUAGAGUGAAAUCAAAAAAGCCAGCAAGGAUUUGCAUAUUACUUCGACAUCAUUCUGCAGACGGCAGUAGACUAAACGCAGAUGAUAAGAAUAAUGAUAAGUUCGAUGGAUGACACCACGAAAAGCCAGCUUUUCAAAGACAAACAAAAAGCACAACAGCCCAUCACCAUAACCAACCUUAGGGUUGUUCAGAGUGGCAUGGUGUUUAUGCACCAGAACAGCAUUGUUAAGGAUGUCUCCACGAUGGCCAUUUCAUUUAAAUAUGUACCACCAGCAGCACCAUCCCUUACAUCUGUAGCAGAUGUUUUAAAAACUAAGAGGCAAGGGGAUAUGGUCACAAUCUCAGGCUUAAUUCGAUGGGACAGUGAAGCUUCAACACCACAAAACUCUAAACGACCAGUAAGAGAUGGUAAAUUAGUAGGCUCAACAGGAACUAUAGAUAUUUCGAUUUGGUCAGACCACAUUUCUCUGAUCAAGGAAGGGGAUUUCUUUGAGAUCUCCAACUGCCCUGUAAAGUACUACUAUGGGUUGAAAAUCAGUACCACUACAGAAACCCUCAUAAAGCCAGCCAAGAAGCAAAAUAUUACCAAUGUAAAUACAGAUGCAACUGCUAUCAAGCCUCAAAUCUGCUGCUCAGAAAUAAAAAAUGUCAUCAUUGACACUAAUGCAAUAUGCAACACCAAAGGAUGUAGGAGCAUAAUCACAGGAAACACAGAAUCUAAAGUUACAGUUCGUUGCACAGCCUGCAACAGAGCAAUGCUCGUUAAAAACUGUUACGUUGACAUGAGCACAACCUUUCAACUGGAAAAGGAAGAGAAGCAAUUCAACGUUGUGGCAAACCAUGCCACACUCAGCGUCUACCUAAACGAGGACAUUUUCCAAUACUGAAACAACAUAGAUGAACUAACAGAAAAACUUCUGUUGCUGGAAAAUGUUGACUUCACAUUGUCAAAAAACGGUAAAUUUAUCAGCGAGAUAGUAAAUCACCAAAUGCAGCCACCAACGCAAGAAAAAUCAAAAAAUGAGUAAUAAAAGCAAACAUUGUUUCAUGUUGGUGACCAUCAUAUUUGGACACUGUACCAUCUUGACAUUUAAGGAUAACUCCAAAAGU